AUGCUGGACCCUCAAGAUGAAUACUACGAUCGACGUCUUGCCACGCACGUAGUUUCGUUAUACUACAUUACUAGAGAAGAUGAGGAGGCCGAAUCACUUGAUAUGUCGUUGCUGCGCGAUUACAUUUCUUAUGCGAAAACCACGUGCAAUCCUGUUAUUUCUGACCAGGCUGCACAGCUGCUUGUCGAAAAAUACACCGGUAGUGGCGUUGGCCAAGUAUCGGCAUACCCAAGACAGCUGGAAAGCUUGAUUCGUCUGUCAGAAGCCCUGGCCAAAAUCAAGCUGUCGAAUGCCGUCUCGGAGCAAGACGUCGAAGAGGCUUCUCGACUACACCGUGAAGCCCUGAAACAAUCGGCGAUCGACCCGCUAACUGGAAAAGUAGACAUCAACAUUCUGGCCGUCGGCAUGUCAUCCAGUGCUCGUAAGCACGUUUCAGAAUUAUGCGAAGCGCUAAAGAAGUACUUCGCUAGUAAACAACAGUUUGGAGCAUGGGUUUCCACCAAGAAGUUGCUCAUGGAAAUUCGUGAGAACUCUGACAGAAUGGUUUCUCGAGAAAUAUUCGAGGAAGCGGUCAACGAGUUAUGCAAAAAUGACGUGCUUGUUCGCGGCAGGGAGUCUCGCCUAAGAUUGUCAAAGCCGAUCAUUUUGGCGCAUGAAAGUGCUGAGUGA